GCCCUGUCAGGAUAUCCUGUCAUUCAGUUAGGAAGGGUUUAUCCAGCUUUGCAGUGAAAUCUUUCAGCAAAGACCCUGCAUUUCAGAAUUUUUCCUGUCUAAAGGCACACUUCGUAUGCUGUAUCUUUCACUCAUUUGCAUUCAGGAAGAGAAGGGAAGAGUCAUUUUAAAGUGUUUGCCUAAGAAUGCAGAAAAAGUAGUAACUCUAACAAAUAUUCAUUUUAUGUCAUAAUUCUAUUAUUCAUGUCUUAAGGGUUCUGAAGAAAAAAAUUCAAGUUCUUCACAAUGGAGAAAAAUCUGAUUGUUUUACUCCUUUUGGUCUCUUUGGUUGCAACGAAGCUAUGUUCAGCAUCACAAGUCCCAGAUCAGAUGAAGAAGCAAUGUGAUCAAAAGCUGCUCAUUCGAAUGAAAACUGAAUGUCUACCGUGCUCUCUAAACCUCGAAACCCAGUGCCCUGCUGGAUACACCAAAAUUACCAAUGGGACUGGGAUACCAGACUGCAGGUAUUACCUAGAAAUUAAAACACACACUCUUUCUUUUCCUGGAUGUCGGCAUCUUUGUAUGAAGGAAUUUGAACAACCUGAGUGCUGUGAGGGACACUGGGGCCCAGACUGUAUAGCAUGUCCGGGAGGAGCUGCUUCACCAUGCAACAAAAGAGGACGCUGCUCUCAGGGUAGAAAUGGGGAUGGAACAUGCACCUUCCAGAAAGGAUUUGGUGGAACAGCCUGUGAAAAAUGUGCUGAAGAUCAUUUAUUUGGCCCUCACUGCACAUCAGUUUGCAAUUGUGUUCAUGGAGUAUGCAACAGUGGAAUUACAGGAGAUGGAAGAUGCACAUGCUUGUCUGGAUACCAAGGGCUCACGUGUGAUCAGCCAAUAGCCGAAUGCGAGGCCUUACAGUGCCCUUCAAACUCCAGGUGCUCUGCUUCUACUGAAGAUGGAACAAGGCUGGAAUGUACAUGUCUGCCCAAUUACCACAGGGGUAACAAACAAUGUGAACCUAUCAACCCGUGUUCCAAAAAGGUCUGCGAUUCCAAUGCUGACUGCACUUACCUUGGACCAAAUCAUCACAAAUGUACCUGUAAAGAAGGUUACAGAGGUGACGGUCAAGUCUGCUUACCCAUAGACCCUUGCCAAGCAAUAUAUGGAAAUUGCCCUCCACAGUCUACCAUUUGCAAAUAUGAUGGUCCAGGAAAGUCCCACUGUGAAUGCAAAGAACAUUACACAAACUUUAUACCUGGAAAAGGAUGCAGCAUGGCAGACAUCUGUGAAACUAACAACACCUGCCAUAAGAAAGCUAAAUGCUCAAUGAUUGCACCAGGACAGAUUACGUGCACUUGCCAGGUGGGCUAUGUCGGAAAUGGCUUUGUGUGCUACGGGAACAUCAUGGAACGACUUAGAGACUUGAAUGCUGAAGUGGGAGGACAGUGGCAAGGAAAGCUGACAUCUGCCUUAUCUCUUAUGGAAAAUGUCUAUGAGUGGCCACUGAGUAGUCUGGGACCAUUUACCGUGCUUGUACCAACAAACAAGGGGCUCAAAGGCACAAAUAUAAAGGACCUUCUGAAUAAUAAACAGAAAGCACAAUACUUUGUGAAACUCCAUGUAAUUGCUGGUCAGUUGAAUACCAGUAAUUUGAAUAAUACUAAUGUAAUAUAUACUUUGACUGGCAAGUCAGGGGAGAUAUCAAAGGGAGAAAAGGAUUAUCAAUUAAGAAUUAGAAUUCAAGGAGGAAGGAGGAAAGGAAAACUUUUGCAGGGGAACAUAAUUGCUUCCAAUGGGAUUUUGCACAUUAUUGACAAAGCCAUGGACAACAGGGACCCAACGUUUGAAAGCAGCAAAGAGGAAACGAUAAUGUCAGUGCUUCAAGAUAAUGAAAGAUACAGCCAAUUUACAUCCUUGAUAGAGAAAACUGGCCUGGGAGUGGCCUUACAACAGGAUAAUAGACCUUACACAGUCUUUGUUCCAAGUAACGAUGCUCUGAAUAGCAUGAAAGCCAGGGAUCUGGAUUACCUGCUUUCCACAGAGGGGUCAUGGAAGCUUCUGGAGCUCGUCCGAUACCACAUUGUUUCUAACAUUCAGCUCGAGGUUGCCAGCCUCAUCUCAAUAGAGCACGUGAGAAGCAUGGCUAAGCAGCUCAUCUACAUUAACAGGACCAGCACUGGACGAAUCUUGGUGAGUGGAGAAGAAAUUGAAGAAACAGAUAUUAUUGCAAAAAAUGGUCACAUUUAUACUCUUGCAGGCGUUCUUAUCCCACCCACAAUUGUUCCAAUUCUACCCCAUCGGUGCGAUGAGACAAGAACUCAAGUUGCAAUGGGUACCUGUGCAAGUUGUUUAUUGCGCACACUGACUCCCUGUCCACAGGAUUCAAAGCCUAUACCUUUCUCAAAACGAAGAUGCAUUAUUGAAGGCUCCACCUUUCCAAAAACUGGCUGUGCUAGAUACUGCAAUAUAACAGUAAAGGAACCAAAAUGUUGCAAAGGCUUCUUUGGCCCUGACUGUAUUCCAUGUCCAGGAGGUUUCUCCAAACCCUGCUCAGGAAACGGGCAGUGCGUGGAUGGCAUGAAUGGAAACGGAACCUGUAUUUGUGCUGACGCAUUUCAAGGCUCACACUGUCAGUUCUGCUCAGACCCUGGCAAAUAUGGAGCUCAGUGUGACAAAAAAUGCCUCUGCAUUUAUGGAAAAUGUGAUAACCGAAUAGACAGUGAUGGGAUCUGUCUUCCUGGCUCAUGCAGAAGUGGAUAUACAGGGAAGUUCUGUGAUAAGCAAAUUGUUCCAUGUGAGCCCUCCUUACAAUUCUGUCAUGCACAUGCAGACUGCCAGCUUAGCAAUGGUGCAGUGAGCUGUGUUUGCAAACCUGGCUAUGAGGGAGAUGGAAUGACCUGCAGCAAAGUUGAUCCCUGUGCUAGUUUAAAUCCAGGUGGCUGCAGUACCAAUGCUGAGUGUAUUCACACAGGCCUUGGAGUGUACGCAUGUGCUUGCCAGGCAGGAUGGACUGGUGACGGAAGAGACUGCUCAGCCAUCAACAACUGCCUGCUGCCUACCUUGGGAGGGUGCCAUGAAAAUGCAACCUGCAUAUAUGUAGGGCCUGGUCAGAAUGACUGCAAAUGUAAAGACGGUUUUCGGGGGAGUGGAAUUGAAUGCACACCGAUAAACUCAUGUUUGGAACAAAAUGGAAAAUGCCAUCAUCUGGCAACUUGCCAGUUUGAAUCUUCUCACGGCUGGGAGUGUGUGUGUCCAACAGGCUAUGAAGGAGAUGGUAGAAUGUGCUAUGGAAAUACAGCAGAGGAGUUAUCUACUCUGUCAGAAGCAGCUGCGUUUAACCAAUGGGUUAAUGAGGCUGAGAUAAACUCAGUGUUGUCCACUACCUCAAAUCUAACUGUCCUCGUGCCUUCUCUUCAAGCAAUUGAAAACAUGGAUGAAGAUGAGAAAGCGUUUUGGAUGUCAAAGAGUAACAUCCCAACCCUACUGAAGUAUCACAUGUUGACAGGCACUUACAGCUUUGCUGAUUUCCAGAAUUUAUCGUCCUCUGAUAUGCUGCCAACAUCUCUACAGAGCAACUUCCUACGCUUGUCUGAAGAGAAUGGGAACAUCACGGUUGAAGGAGCUCACAUUGUAGUUGGCGAUGUUGCAUCCACAAAUGGGAUCAUACAUGUUAUUGAUAAGGUUCUGACUCCACCCCGAAGCACCAUAAUGCCAAGGCUGCUGGCCCGCUUAGAACAAAUGCCCGAUUACUCCAUUUUCAGGGGCUACAUUAUUCAAUACAGCCUAGCAGAUGAAAUAGAAGCUGCAAACACGUACACAGUGUUUGCCCCAAAUAAUGAUGCCAUCAAAAAUUACCUAAGGGACAAAAAGUCUACUCUGGAUGAGGACCAUAUCCGAUAUCAUGUUGUGCUGGAUGAGAAGCUCCUGAAGAAUGACCUGCACAAUGGCAUGCACAGGGAAACCAUGCUCGGGUUUUCCUAUCAAGUUGGAUUCUUCCUCCACAGCAGCGAGCUGUUCGUAAAUGAUGCACCUAUAAGCUAUGCAAAUGUUGCAACAGACAAAGGAAUUAUUCAUGGAUUGGGAAAAGUCUUGGAAAUCCAGAAGAAUAGAUGUGAUAUUAAUGAUACUGUGAUCACUGAAAAGUGCAGGCUUUGUUUGCAGCCAUCAAGCUGUCCUCCAGGAACAAAAGAAUUGGCAGGGGAGAAGAAAUAUUGUAUCCUUUCUGAAAACAGGAGAAUAUACACCAUCCAGAUUGGAUGCCAGCCAAAAUGUGCAAAAACCGUAAUUACCAAGGAGUGCUGUGCAGGUUUCUUCGGGCAGCAAUGUCAGCCCUGUCCCGGGAAAGCAGGGAACGCCUGCUUCGGGAAUGGCGUGUGCGUGGACGGCAUCAACGGCACGGGUGCAUGUGAAUGCGGAGAGGGGUUUGUUGGCACAGCCUGUGAAAGCUGCGUGGAAGGCAAAUACGGCCACAACUGCGAUCAAGUGUGCACUUGUGUCCAUGGGAAAUGUAACAGUGGGAUUGAUGGGGAUGGCUCCUGCGAAUGUGACAUCGGUUGGAGAGGAGUGAUGUGCGAGAGCGAAAUCAAAGAUGAUGCAUGUAACACCUCAUGCCAUACCAGUGCUAACUGCCUCCUUCUACCGAAUGGCACUGCCUAUUGCAAGUGUGCAGCUGGGUUCAAGGGCAACGGGACAUUCUGUGCAGCUAUUGAUGCUUGCGAGACCAGCAAUGGAGGCUGCUCUGCCAAAGCAGAAUGUAGAAGAACAACACCUGGAAAUAGAAUCUGCAUAUGCAAGGCUGGGUACACCGGAGACGGAAUAGUCUGCAUUGAAAUCAACCCUUGUUUGGAGAACAAUGGUGGCUGUGAUAGAAACGCUGAAUGCACCCAAACUGGACCCAAUCAAGCAGCAUGUAAUUGCUUGAAGGGAUAUUCUGGAGAUGGUAAAAAAUGCACAUAUAUCAGUCUGUGUUCACAGAAUAACGGAGGCUGCAGCGAAUUUGCAAUCUGUAAUGACACUGAGCUGACAGAAAGGACCUGCACCUGCAAACAUAACUACGUUGGGGACGGAUUUAAAUGUCGAGGCAAUAUCUUCCAGGAACUUCUCAGGGACUCCAAAACAUCUAGGUUUUAUUUCUACCUAGAGGCUUUGUCUAUCAGAGAUAUUGCCGGCCCCGGCCCUUUCACUCUAUUCAUACCACGCACAGAUGUGUUAAACACUGACCCACGAGUUAAAGACUGGCUUGCCAGGGGAGCGAUGGCUCAAAUUCUUCGGUACCAUAUGGUGGGUUGUGCUAGUCUACUGUAUAAUGACCUGAGAACAACUGCAAACAUCACCUCUCUCCAUGGGGACCCCAUACAGAUCAGCUAUUCUAAGAACUCUGUGUAUUUGAACAAUAAAGCAGAAAUUAUAUUCAGUGACGCCGUUGGCACAAAUGGCGUGAUCCAUGUCAUAGAUCAAGUUCUGGUCCCACCACAGAUUCAGGAAUUUCCCCCAGGCACUAAGAAGGAAAGCCUCAAAAUGGUUGCAGCCAAACAUGGAUACAUCCUGUUCAGCAACUUGCUAGAGGUAAGAAUAAUGAAUCAGCAGCCAUCAGGCACAGGGACAAUCAGUUCCAAACUCUACCCCACCCCCCCCCCCCCCCCCCCCCUGAUCAAUGAUCCCAUUCACAAACCUGUCACGCUCUUCUGGCCCACGGACGCUGCUAUCAGAGGCCUCCCGCAGGAACAGCGGGACUUCCUGUUCAAAAAGUCCAAUACAGACAAACUGGUGCAGUACCUCAAAUUCCACAUCAUCCGAGAUGCAGAGGUGUUGGCCUACCAGCUUCCCCACUCCAGCUCACUGAAAACCCUGCAGGGCUCCAACCUCAGCAUUAGCUGCGGGGAUAAUGGGGAGAUCGGUGCCCUUUUCCUGAAUGACAGGAGGUGUAAGAUAGUGCAGCGGCAGCUGGAGUUUGAUGGGGGUAUUGCGUAUGGCAUCAACUGCCUCCUGAUGGACCCCAGCCUGGGAGGCCGCUGCGACAGCUUUUUCACUGUGGAUUUUCUGGUCAGUCUGGCAUUUCUUUCCCCUGGUGAAGGCACGGCUCGUGGGCCAAACUCUAUCCUCACAGAAACCAGGGACAAGACUCACAAAGCUUCAGCACUAUGGAGAUUAAGUCCUGUCACUUCAGGCUGGCUUCAUUGCUGCUUCAUAUUUGCCACACCGGCUAAAGCUCAGGGGUAUUGCGUUAGCUGUUUCAGUAAUUCUAAAUGCCCUCCAGGGACGAAACCAAAGGAAGGGAUUCACAGGUGUACGUAUGAAUCCUAUGGGAUCCCAAGAAGUGGCUGCCGCAGGAAUUGUUCGAUGGUGAUCCACACUACCAAAUGCUGCAAGGGUUACUUUGGGCGGGACUGCCAAGCUUGCCCAGGAGGACCAGAGACCCCAUGUAAUAACCAUGGCUCCUGUGAUGAUGGGUACACUGGGACAGGAGAGUGCGACUGUGACAGUGGCUUCAAUGGGACUUCAUGUGAGCUGUGUUUGCCAGGCAGAUAUGGCUCUGACUGCAGACUCUGUGAAUGCAAGGCCCACGGACAAUGCGAUGAAGGAUACUCUGGAACAGGACGAUGUUUCUGUGAAACAGGAUGGACUGGUCGGCUGUGUGAAACCAAACUAGCUCUGCAGCCAGUGUGUUCUCCAAGCUGUUCCACCAAUGCUGUCUGUACAGAAAACAACACAUGUCAGUGCAAGCCAUUUUAUGACGGAGAUGGGAUCACAUGCACAGCUGCAGACCUUUGCAUACAAAACAACGGCGGUUGUCACAAGGCAGCAGAAUGCACACAAAUUGGGGUGAAAAUCUUUUGUAGCUGUCAGAAAGGAUACAAAGGAGAUGGUUUUACAUGCCUUCCAAUAAAUCCUUGUGCUGAUGGGUUCAAUGGAGGCUGCCAUGAACAUGCCAUUUGUACAGUCUCAGGACCUGAUAAACGCAAGUGUGAAUGUAAAAAUAACUACAUUGGUGAUGGGCUGAACUGCUCUGUGAUGCAACUUCCUAUUGACCGCUGUUUGCAAGAGAACGGGCAGUGCCAUCCUGAUGCUGACUGUGCAGAUCUCCACUUUCAAGAUACUACGGUUGGAGUUUUCCAUUUACGGUCCCCGCAAGGGCAGUACAAAAUGACUUAUGAGAAGGCAAAAGAGGCCUGCGCCAAUGAAUCAGCCACCAUAGCUACAUAUAAUCAGCUGCUGUAUGCUCAGAAGGCAAGAUACCACCUUUGUGCAGCUGGUUGGUUAGACAGUGAAAGAGUUGGUUAUCCUACUGCCUUCUCCUCCCCAAACUGCGGAGCUGGAUAUGUUGGAAUAGUCGACUAUGGGAAAAGAGUCAACCUGAGUGAAACCUGGGAUGUUUUCUGCUACAGAGAGAAAGAGGUGAACUGCACCUGCAAGACAGGCUACGUGGGGGAUGGCUUCUCCUGUAGCGGGAAUUUGCUGCAAGUACUGAUGUCUUUCCCAACGCUGACAAACUUCUUGUCGGAAAUCAUGGCUUACUCUAACAGCUCUAGGAGAGGGAGAGAGUUCCUGCAGUACCUCACAGACCUGUCAGUUCGUGCCACUCUCUUUGCCCCAAAUGAUAGUGGGUUAAUGGAAAAUGAGACACUUUCUGGGCGAGAUAUUGAGUAUCAUUUAUCUAAUGCAAGCUUAAUGUUUUAUGAAGACUUGACCAACGGAACCACUCUUCUAACACGAUUAGGGGAAAAACUCUUAAUUACAGACAGCAGAGGCCAGGAAUACCAAGCCCUCACAAACAAACAGAACAAGAUCAGAUACGUGGAUGGAAGUGCUAUUGUUGAGUGGGAUAUAAUUGCUUCCAACGGGAUAAUCCAUGUCAUUUCAGAGCCUUUAAAGGCCCCCCCAGCACCUGCUUAUCUUCAUGCUGGUUCUGGGACAGGAAUAUUCUUUGGCAUCUUUCUGGUUAUUGGAAUUGGGGCUUUUAUUGGAUAUUUUUACCUCAGAUUCAAGAAAGACACGGGCUUUCAGCAUUUCAAGUCAAAAGAUGACACUGACGUAACAUCACUGGACAAGUCACAGCCUUCAAAUAUCACCAACCCCUCAUAUGAAAGCUCUUCUGCACUGACUCCACCAGAACCUACUUAUGAUCCUUUCUCAGAUUCAGAUGACCAGCAGCUUGUGAUGAGUGGUCCUCAUGAUCAGGAUUAAAAGUAUGAAUUUUUAUGAAAAGUAUGAAACACAUUUCUAUUUACACUUACUGGGAACAAAUAGCACUUACAUGUUUCAGGGAAUAAAGUCUCUUGUUACAAAUUAAAAAACAAAACAGAAGAGCAGGACUUGGUUUAAGAUGCAGCCUACAGAGUUCACAAUGUUACCGACUUCAGAAGUGUUGGCUGUAUCUAAGAAACAUCCACUACAAGUACCACACGCAAAAUUAAGUCCCAACUAACCUACCCAGAAGCAAGCAGAAACUUAUUUCCCUGCUAAAAGCAUAAGACUUUCACUAGAAUGCUAUUUUACAGCUCUUCUGUACAAUAUUUAAAAUGGCCCCAAACACUCUGGGGUGCUAACCUCAAAAAUAUCCUAAAUUUACUAGCACUCUGGCUCUGUGCUUUCAUUUUGGCUUGGUUACAACUACAACUGGAUAGCAUGAAACAGAACAUGCGUUAUACAAAUAGCACUAGUGACCUGUAUUUUUUAGUUGUUGGGGGGGGGAGGGGGGGGUUUGUUAAUACACUUUUUUGUAAGAAUUCCAGCAACAGGAAAUGCAAACAUACUAUUUGUUUUAUUUGCCUGCCCUGGCUUUUCUGUCCUUCCUCCAACUUUACUGUGUUUUGUUUACAUCUCAAAUAACUGUACAAUGGGAAACAGUAACAGCAUUAGCAAGAAAAAUAGAUCAUAUGAAGGUAUGAAAAAAAAAAAUCAAUUCUCACUUGAGAGAUUUGUUGGAAAAGUAGACAAUGAAGAAGUAUGUACCUCACCACUUCAUGCUCCACGUUCAGUUUCUUAGUCUGGGAGGAGCAAAAGCCAUCUAUUUGUUCAAGUACUGUAUUUCUACCAAGCACGUUAACACUGCGCCUUUCAACCAGCGCGCACCAAUAGCUGCUGCCAUUGUCGCCAUACUAUUAAAGUGAAUCAAACUUGAGUUUGAUUCUCUUUCAUUUCCUCCCCUCAAAGCCUUAACAUCACAGCAAAUUGUGAGAACACUAUAGAGAGCACAAAACAGCAAGAAGAGAGAUUUUGUUGCUGACAGAAGUAACGUCUGCAUAUCACAUACUUCCAGUGUUUACUAUUUGGGGGGGGGGAGGGGAAGUGAGGGGGUAUCGCUGUAGGAGAGUGUUAGUUCCCUCUAACUAUAUCCCCAGGAUGCCCCAUAUCAGAACAAGGUACAUAGGCAAACCUGCAAAUCACACAAAGCCAGAGCUGUUGAUGCAGCUAUCCAGCACACGCAAGGCAAUUUAAGGAGAAAAUAGGACCGAGUGAGAGAGACUGAUGACAUUUCCCUAACUCCUCCCCUUUCCCCUCCACAAAAUGCCUUUUUAUUUUUACUUGAAGAUACUGAAAUUCAGACAACGAACACGUGCUUCCAUGCACACAUGUAUUUAGGGGCGUUUUCCCCACAGAACUUUGCAAUUAAUACAACUCUUGUUCUUCCCUUCUCCCAAAUCACCCACAAAAAUUAAGACUCAUAAGGACUAGGUGAUGAAGUCCAAGCAUUUAUUUUUGUAAUAAUCAUUAAAUAUUUUUUAUCACAAAAAUGUUUCAACAGUUCAUUAAACUCUUCUUUUACUGACAAACUAUUGUCUUCUGAGUUUUUAGUAAGAUUGGGGGGGGGGAGACCCUCUUUUCCUUACUCUAGUGUUCAAAUGAAAUAUACUCCCAAAAUAACAAAGAGACACUGCCCUUUAAACAUGCUGAAAAAUCCAUCUGAAGUCAGUAAGAUAAUGUUACAGUACUUAACGCAGACAGCAGAGGUGUACAGUUCAACUUCUUUGACGUUACAAAAAAGCCAAAACAUUUUUAAAAGAAAGAAGAGCAUUCCAUCACUGAAAAAAUAAAUAAAAAGAUACACUUGAAAAUUCUCACUUAAAUGCAUAUUGUAUAUAGUUUUCUUAAGGAACAAUCUUUUGAUAACUGAAUUUUUCAUGCAGUGUUGUUUAUUUCAAGAAGUCAUGCAAUAUAAGCAAGAUAUUACUUCAGCUAGCUGUUGCCACACAACUUUGUACAGGGAUCAACCAUAAGUUUUGACGGAUUUAUAAGUUAAGAUAGAAGAGAGGAGAGGAGAAAGAAAUCAUCUUGAAACGAAAUGUACAAUAUGUGGAUAUCAUCAUCCAACCAAAUUAAAACUGUUCCUGCUUAACGCAGGAAAAGUAAGUAAAUGAACCGACUCCUAGCCAGAGGUAAGGGAACAAACAUCACACACCUAUAAUCAACAAAACAUUAUCAAAUUCAAUAAUGCACCAUUGUGCAAUACAACACUACUAAUUGCUGGUAGUAAAAUGAAGAAUGUGCAGGGUUUUUGUUUUUUUUUUUUUUUACUUUGUUUUUGAACAGUGCAUUGAGAUCUCUGGAGCAUGAAAGGUGUUACCCACAGUAACACCAAGUUCUGUUCUAGCUGAGCAUUAGGAACUGAAGGCAAACCAGGGAUAUUUCUAUCCCCAAAUUUCAGCUUACAAAACAGCCAGGUACUAUCAAGUUAUGCUAAAUACUUUUUGCACAGUCCCACCAACAACUCCCCUGAUAAAGCCAGACUAUCUUCCUGCCAAAUUUUAUCUUUUCUUUCCCCCCCCCCCCCCAGCAAAACAGCAGGACUGUCAGAUGAACUUAACUCAUUUCAAGUACGUUCAUCUGUUUAAAUAUACACACACGCAUGCACUCUGGGAGUGCUGCAUGUCAGGUUUUACACAGGAGUGCAAGAAAACCACAAAAAAUGAACUAUAAUCACCUUCAAAGACUUCAGACUGAUUUCAAGCAUACAGGAAAACUGUUUAUGAAUUGUGCAGGCUAAAUUAAAAUACAUUCUUUACCUUGCAAACACGCUUUUAAAAAUAUGAAAGAUACUGCUUGUGAAAUUUAAUAUAGAAACUUGCACACAAAUAUAAACAGGUUAAAAAAACCCAAACAAGAAAACUUUUGGUCACCAAAAGUUUGUUUACCUGACAGUCGCUGCAGGAAGCAAGUUAUGCCCUAAAUGGAAAUGAGGAAUAGCAUGUGCUGUAUAUUUCAUUGAUUAUAGGCUUUUAAAAAUAGAGCCUUUAAUAAUUAAAACUUGAAAACCAUUAAUCAAAUUACGUAUUCUAAAAUGGCUGGGGU